GCGAUCCGCGAGUAGAAGUGCCGUUAGUCCAUCGAUCUUGGAAAUUAUACCCAUUAUGUUCUCCAAACUGUCAACACGCGGCAUUGCCACCCGUCUGAGCUACUUGGCCCAGAAGACAGCUGCUGCCCAGGAUUCGUCUACUUCAUCGCUUUCUGAAGUAGUUUAUGCCCGGGAAAAUAAGUACGGCGCCCACAACUACCACCCACUGCCGGUGGCCUUGACCAAGGGCAAAGGCGUCUUCGUCUGGGAUGUGGAGGGAAAGCGCUACUUCGACUACUUGAGUGCCUACUCGGCAGUCAACCAGGGACACUGUCAUCCCAAGAUCAUCAAGGCCCUCACCGAACAGGCCUCUAAAUUGGCCUUGACAUCGCGUGCCUUCUAUUCGGAUGUCCUGGGCGAGUAUGAGGAGUAUGUUACCAAGCUGUUUGGCUUCGACAAAGUGCUGCCGAUGAACACGGGUGUUGAGGGUGGAGAAACCGCCUGCAAAUUAGCCCGCAAGUGGGGCUAUUUGGAAAAGAAAAUACCGAAGAAUCAGGCCAAGAUCAUAUUUGCACGUAACAAUUUCUGGGGACGCACCUUGUCCGCAGUGUCCGCCUCCAAUGAUCCCAGUAGCUACGAGGGAUUCGGACCCUUUAUGCCGGGAUUCGAGUUGAUCGAGUACGAUAAUGUGUCGGCUCUGGAGGAGUCCCUCAAGGAUCCCAAUGUGUGUGCCUUCAUGGUGGAACCCAUUCAGGGAGAAGCUGGCGUGGUGGUGCCCAGUGAUGGUUAUCUGCAGAAGGUACGGGAACUCUGCUCCAAGUACAAUGUCCUUUGGAUUGCCGAUGAGGUGCAGACGGGAUUGGCCAGAACCGGAAAACUACUGGCCGUGAAUUACGAGCAGGUUCAGCCAGACAUUCUGAUCCUGGGAAAGGCGCUAUCCGGUGGCCUGUAUCCCGUAUCUGCGGUUCUCAGCAACGAUAAUGUGAUGCUGUGCAUAAAGCCAGGAGAGCAUGGAUCUACCUACGGAGGUAAUCCCUUGGGCUGCCGAGUGGCCAUGGCUGCGUUGGAGGUCCUGCAGGAGGAAAAGCUGGCGGAGAAUGCCUUCAAAAUGGGUGAAAUCCUGCGCAGCGAGCUGUCUAAGCUUCCGCAGGAUGUGGUUUCGGUGGUGCGCGGAAAAGGGCUGCUCAACGCCAUCGUCAUUAACAAGAAAUACGAUGCUUGGGAGGUGUGCCUGAAGCUCAAGGAGAAUGGUCUGUUGGCCAAGCCCACCCAUGGCGAUAUCAUUCGAUUUGCUCCUCCACUGGUCAUUAAUGAGACACAAAUUCGCGAGAGCAUCGACAUUAUCAAGAAGACCAUUCUGUCUAUGUAGAUUUUCGGAUCGGAGCUCAUAUAUAGCUCGAAUUUUAGUAACCUGAUUAAUGUUAAGUUUUGUGGAAAGUCUGAAAUAAAUAACAGUUUUUAUAUUUUUUAUAUAUGA